AUGCAUAACCAACAAGUAAGUCCCGAUUCCUUAACACUGUUAGCUAUAGUUCAAUUAUGUUCAACUGUUCUCGACUGCAGAAUGAUUAAACAGGCUCAUGGUUUUAUAAUAAGACAUAAUCUCGUGCAAUUAAAUUCCGAACCUACCCUCGGGAAUGCAGUUAUCGAUGCGUAUACACGACACUGUAACAUGUAUUACGCGUUGAAGGUUUUUGAAGUUGUUAAGAGGAAUGUGGUUACAUACAAUUCAAUCAUUUCAGGAUAUAUGAUGUGCGGGUUAUACGAUGAAGCACAUAGUGUGUUCAAUAAUAUGCCUGAAAAGGAUAUCACUUCUUGGAAUCUGAUGAUACGCUUAUAUUCUGAAAGUGGUUGCCAUGACAAAGCUAUUAGUCUCCUUCGGAGGAUAAUAAAAGAUGAAGAAAUGUUCGAACCUAUAAUAAGACAUAAUCUCGUGCAAUUAAAUUCCGAACCUACCCUCGGGAAUGCAGUUAUCGAUGCGUAUACACGACACUGUAACAUGUAUUACGCGUUGAAGGUUUUUGAAGUUGUUAAGAGGAAUGUGGUUACAUACAAUUCAAUCAUUUCAGGAUAUAUGAUGUGCGGGUUAUACGAUGAAGCACAUAGUGUGUUCAAUAAUAUGCCUGAAAAGGAUAUCACUUCUUGGAAUCUGAUGAUACGCUUAUAUUCUGAAAGUGGUUGCCAUGACAAAGCUAUUAGUCUCCUUCGGAGGAUAAUAAAAGAUGAAGAAAUGUUCGAACCUGACUCGUUGACAGUUAUGAGUCUUCUUCCACUUUGUUCGCAAAUGGCCUCAGUUCAUUUACUUAGGCAAUGCCAUGGGUAUGUUGUUAGAGCAUGUUUUACAGAUCCUUAUUUAAUAGCAGCAAUGUUAGAUGUGUAUUCAAAAUGUGGCAGCAUCAAUUAUGCGUAUAAACUUUUCAAAUCGACGAAUAUGAAGGAUCUGGUUAUAUUUACAGCCAUGAUUGGCGGGUAUGCUAUGAAUGGCAUGGCUAAAGAUUCGAUAACCAUUUUCACUGAAAUGCUAGCAGCUUGGUUUAAAACCGGAUCAUGUCAUACUUACAACAGUUCUAUCGGCUUGUAG